UAAAGAGAUACGUUGGACGGAGAACAGGCUUCCAUAGAAGAACCUAUUAUCAUUGUAGUUAACCCAUUGAUGAUGAAUGGAUAACCUAGACCGCAUCGAAGGCAGAGUUCUCAGAAUUUUAAUGCAUUUGAUGGCGCUUCCGUCGAAGUAUUAUUCGCCUGAAGGCAGAAUGUUGUUUUAUGUGGUAAAAUGCUAAAAAAGUUGAGUUUAUCAAAUGGCUAAGACACCAAACCACGAUCUAGAAUGAUUACUUAUGGCUCUAUAUAUUCGGUAACAUUGGCAACUCUGCCAUCAAAGCUCAGGAUAAUGGAGAGAUUGCAAUUGUACACAGCUUUUGAGCACAAGACGAAAGCUCAGAGUGAGCUCAGUGUUUCCACGAAAGCUUUCCCGACACGGUUCCUAUCCGUGAGCUCAUGUUGUGGAGAUUUAAAAUCCGAUGCUACGCUGCAGCAAUUACUCAGUUGCGAGCGAAUAUUCGCUGACGAAGGACGUUCAAAUUUCAAAUUGCACGAGUUCCGCCGGUCUUUCGAUACUUCAGUUUCAGUGCUUACAUACAUAUGUGAAGAUGCAUGUUGACUGCCGCUAUGUCUACGCUUGAACGUGUUUGUGUGUGCGUGCGACGCGGGGGCGUGAGUAGUUUUCGCAUCCCUACCAUUAUGGGGGUGCGUUCGUGUGUGUAAAACAAACCAUCGACGGGUUGUUAUUAAAAAAAUUUAGAAAACUUGAAAAAUCCUUUGAUUUGGCUAAAAUUGCAGAAACUCGCGUAUUUAAUGAAGCAACAAAACGGCGUCGCGACUUCCGGAAAAACACGACGAGUUGUUGAAAAUCAUCGCAAGAGUGCCAGCCAUUGUUUUUGUUGGUGUAUAAUUUAUUGUGUACGACGUGAAUUACAUACAUAGUAAAUGUGUAUGUAUGUAUUGUAGAUAUGUUCAUAUAAAGUGUCAUACCAAUACAUUCGUACAAAUAACUGUCGCAUACAUACUACAUACGCAAAAGCCGCACUUGAGCUUGUGCCUGUGUGUGUGUGUUGUGCCGAGGUUUUGUAUUUAAAGGCAGCGCGUGUUGAAAACGGGGAAGUGGCGAAAAAUUGCGCAAGCGCGGUAAAAGGCAUGCACGCUGCGGUUAUUUAUGACAAAAUAAUAAUAAUAGAAGAUGUGGUAAAAACAGAAAAAACAGUAAAAGUUUUUGGUGAAAAUAGGGAAAUAGAAAGCUAGCAAAAAUAUUUGUAAAGAUCCAGUGUAAAAACUUAGUAAUUUUUGGAGUUGGAUAAUGAAAAACAGUUUAUGAACUGCGAAUUUUCUAGCACCACUUUAGGCGUUAAAGUCAAAGAUUGUGGUGAGCAGAUUAUAAACAAAGCAUACUUAAUGAAUGAAAUUUGACAUCACUGGUUCCAUUUUCCGCGGUAAUUCGGUAAUUGAGAAAAGCAAAGCCAAAGCAAUAACAGUCAUAACAGUCUUAUUAUUAAGAGUCGAGUAGUAGCCACACAGUGACGUCUGGAUUGUCGCGACACACCAAGCCACACGAUGGUAGAGUCCUCGGCGAUCGGCCGGCCACUGACUGGAUGUGUAAAUCCACAGCAGCAGCAACCGGCUACAGCUGCCAUAACAGCGACCGCAGCACAACAUUCGCCAUCCGGCAUGCGUUGUGGGACGUUGGAGACGCGCGUGCGGGGCGCCUGGUAUCGGGUGUUGGUGACGCUGGAAACCGACUUUCUGGCCAUUAGUUUGGACGAGUCCUGUGAUGCGGCGGCAAUCACUGCGGAUCAAUCGACCACACUGAACGGCACUUUGGGCAGCAACCAUAGCGGUCAUAAUGGCUCCAUACCCUCAUCGGCCUCCAUGCAAGGCAUCGGCGGUGUGGCCGGCACUGGUGCGGGCAGCGGCGGCGAUACCGAUUGCACGGAUAACGGUGGUGGUAGCGGUAAUGGCGGCGACCAUCUGCUGAACAAUAACACAAUGGACAAUGGGCUGGAUAUGUGCGAUGUACCUGAUCAUGUGGCAAAUCAAAAGAGACAUGUACGCAUCAUUAAAUCGGACAACAACGGUCUCGGUAUUUCCAUUAAGGGCGGUCGCGAAAAUCGCAUGCCAAUUCUCAUAUCGAAAAUAUUUCGCGGCAUGGCGGCCGAUCAGGCGAAGGGACUGUAUGUGGGCGAUGCCAUAUUAUCCGUAAAUGGCGAGGAGCUGCGCGAAGCUACUCAUGAUGAGGCGGUGCGUGCUUUGAAACGCGCGGGACGUGUUGUGGAUUUGGAAGUGAAAUUCCUGCGUGAGGUGACACCGUACUUUAGAAAAGCCAGCAUUAUCUCGGAGGUCGGCUGGGAAUUACAACGCGCCUUUCUGUGUCCCUUGGGACCGGGAGCGCCUACAUCGCCGCCAGCGCCGAAAAUUACACCGCGCGCCGAUACACGCUAUAUACCGUUACAGCUGACGCAUUUGGCGAGAAAUUUGAAAUAUAUUGAUCCAGAAAACCGUUGUAUCGAAUUGCAUUCACCGGACGGCGUACAUUCAUGCAUACUGCGCGCCACCGAUUCAGCUGAGGCGCUCAUCUGGUUCAAUGCGCUGCAUUCGGCGAUGUGUGGCAGCACUCAGCGGGCGCUUACCGAUGCCAAUCGGUCGCUGAUGAAUGUCAUCGGAGAGCUGAAACACAUUGGCUGGCUUAGUCGGCGCUUGAGUGGAGGCAGCACCAGUGGCGGUGUGGGUUGUGGCGGUAGUUCGGGCAGUGGCGGUGGUGGCGGCGGUGGCAGCAGUGCAAGUGCCAUUGGUGGUGGCACUGGAGAUUUGCCAAGUGGACGUUCCAGCUCAGAGAGCUCCGAUGAAAACGAUAAAUGGCAGCCAAUUUUUGUCGCCGUCACCGAGCGGGAGUUCAGAAUUUACGAAUCCGCUCCUUGGUCAGUGGAGGCAUGGGGACGUCCGCUGGAGAGUUUCGCUUUGGCAACGACAAGGCUGGCCGGCGCUGGCAAUAAUUCAUCUUUGAAUGGUCAACAGACGACAGUGUUUUGUGUGCGCUGCGGCACGACACGUGGUGUGCUGGUCUAUUGGCUGCGUUCAGAGACGCAUCGAGACAUGGCUGCGUGGGCGCGCGCCUUAGUACAGGGCUCACACAAUGCGGUCAACUAUCAGCGUGAGUUCUCGUUUCGCUGCCUCUACCAGGGCAGGCAGUGUCAAUUGGUUGUGCAUUUGAAUCGCGGCUUUUGCCUCUACGACUGCAGUGGCUUUGCGGCAGCAGCAGCGUCCGGUGUGGUUGUGCCGGCCAAUCAGACCAAAACUCAGUUGUGGCAAUUUCCGUUCGACAAAUUGAAGGGCUCGGCGGACGAUGGAAUCAGAAUGCUGUAUUUGGAUUUUGGCGACGAUGGGGAAAUUGAACUGGACAUGGAAUGCUGCCCCAAGCCGGUGGUCUUCGUAGUGCACAACUGUCUUUCAGCAAAGGUGCACUCGAUUACCUAAGAGCAGCUGGAAGGGAGAGUUGCUGUGAGUCCAGUGGCAAAUUAGCCUUUUGAAGUUGAGGUUAAGCCUCACUUGGAAGGGAAGAAAAGUACUUUGAAAACAAAUUUAAACACAAGAAUGAAUAUAUUAGUGGCGAGUUGAGAUAAAUAAAGUAGUGACAAUUUUUGUAAUUUCA